UUCGCAUUCAGAAAAAAAGAUGAAACGAACAGGUUAUCGAUGAUGAGUAGUGUGAGUACAUGCUCACUACACAGAACACUGAUACUGAGGACAGUGAAUGACUGGUUAUUGAUUACCAUACAGAUGCUUUGCCUAUUUGGAUGAUUGGGUACCCGAGUCUCCUUGGUUCCAGAAGCCUCUCAACUCUCCAAAUUCAAUUUAUUUUUAGAAUCCAUGUAAUAUUUUAAAUUUUGCUAAGAAGUUACUACAUUGUUGUAGUUUCUGUACAAUCUUAUAUUUAGGUUAUAGUAUAUUUUCUUUCUCUUUGUUUGGCAUAAAUUUAUUUCACAUAAGUCUCUUUGGUUAGUCUUCCAAGAUUAUUUGGGAAAAUUUUCAAAAUUACAUUUGUAUGAAUUCUAAAUGGAUUCUCCAUUUAAAACUGUUGAAAAAAUGUCUGUAUUGAAAUUUUAUUAAUUGAAACUGUUGGUAAUUCUUCCAAAAUGUCCUAUCUAUAAGCAAGGUUUAUUACUUUAGGGCUGGCAAUUUCAAAGCAUCAUUUGGAUAAGCAUUUGAUACUUUUUAUACUGUUCAAUUCUUUAUUGCAAUUAACCAUCCAAGCCUCACAAUUUUCAAUUUAUUAGAGGUGUUAUACUGUAGUCUGUACAAUAAUUAAUUAUUGAACUAUUUUAGUAAAUUUUUGUAGAGGAAUUUCUUGUGUGUUGCAUUGCAUCAUGUCUUAAAUUAGGGACAAUAACAUUUGUAUCAUGACUUGUGUGCCAAAUAUUGAUGUGGUCAACAUACCAGACAUGGCAAUAAGGCAAUCUGGUCUUGAGACAACUCCACUUUCACUCAGCAGUGGUAUUCAGGAGCAGUUGUGCGAGAUGAAUUCUGCAAAUCAUGUGCUCAGUUCUAUGACUUCGAAUGCUGAGGGAAGGCUGGUUAAGGUUCUUCAUGUGCCAUGUCAACCAGACCAGGUUGACAGCAAUAUUGGUGGCUCACUUUCUUUCCUUAAUUGUGAUUCAUUUAAUGUUGUUAAUCAAAAUUAUAAUAGUUCUGAGAACUUGCAAUCAAUUUUGUCAUCGUUUCCUCAACCUGUAGGAGAUUUUUCUGCAAACACAUCUUCUAGUUCUUCAGUAUUGAAAGUUCCUGUCAUAAAUAUUAAUAAUGAAAGUAGUACUGUCUGUAACGGUGAGAUUCUUGUGGCACCAAACAUGAGUUCAGGUUCCGUUGGUCCAAUCAUUCUGAACUCGGAUAUCUCUACGUCAUGCAAUGCCAAUAUUAAUCCAUCGAGUUACAACUAUGAAAAAAAUUCCGGAAAAAGUAAGUUUUCUGAUGUAACUGCCCUCAAAACUCUUUUGUCAGCACUUCCAAGUGAUCAUAACUCCAGCGUUUGCAAAAAGUUCAGGCCAAUACGCCCCAAUUUUUUAUCACAGUUCAUAGCAAACAUAAAUCAAAAUGUUACACCCACAUCUGCAAAGAGAACCCUACUAAAACCGAUUACAAAAAAAGAUGGAAUAAGUAUUGUUAAUUGCAAUUUGAAUACUCUAGAUUCUGUUAUUGAUAAUGCGGUAAUUACUGUCGAUGACGUGAAAUUAUGUGAUCUCAAAGAUGAGGAGUAUAUUCUGUUAUGUGAUGAAAAGGAUAAUGUUGGCAACAGAAGUAGCCAAGAUCAUUUUUUUCCGCGUCAAAAGGCACGCAUUGUACGUCAGAAAAAAAAAUCAGAUACGAAGCCGUUAUUGCACAAGAAUGAAAACGCGUCUUUUUCUUUUGGUCAUAAUUUACCAGGUAGUGGUAAGAUUAUUUUGAAUGAUAUUUGUAUAAUCUGUGGCGUCAGUGAUACGAUGUCAGAACAUGUGGUUAUUGAUAAUGUUUUCUGUGGUGAAACAGGUUCUGAUACUCUCGAUUAUCUGUGCAAAAUACUGAGAAUAAAACGGAAUGAGUUUGAAAUGAUUGGCAGCAAGCUUUGUGGUUACUGCUCGGAGUUGUUGAAGGAAAUUAAAAUGCUGGAAACAAAUUUAAUUUUGAAAGAAAAUAUGAUUAGAGCCGCUUACAAAAUUGGCUUGAAAAAAGUUCGUGCUUAUGAGCAAAAUUCAAUAAAAAAAUGCACCGAGCAAAUUUUGGACAUAAGCGACUUAUCAAAUCAUAAUGCAAACGAGAGUAAAGUUAGUGUUUGUGUAGAUGCGUCGCAUCCAAAGAGAAAACUAUGUGGUGGCAUUGUAAUGCAAAAACAGCAUAAGGAUUUCACAACUUCGUCUAGCAAAAUGUACUAUGAUUCCGAAUUCGACGAGGAAAAUACGGGAAACAUCGGUGGUUCCGGCCACAGUUUAGACGAGACUAACCUAUUAUCCGCGCGUCUUAAUCGCACAACGAAAGUGAAAAGAAGAAAGGUACCAAGGCGACGGCGGUUCCCAUGUGACGACUGUUGCAAAUCUUUUCCUUGUCGACGCAGUUUACUGGCACAUGCUUCCUCCCACGAGAGGGGUUUCGAUUGCAACGUUUGCGGCCGAUACCUCACGACCAAGGUACGGCUAGCCACGCAUCUCUUCAAGUUUCAUGGAAUUGGAGAAGAAAAGCUAAAGGCUGUGCGCUGUGAUCUGUGCGACAAAAGUUUUCAAACGAAACAGGGCUUGGCUUACCACAGGAACGUUUCUCAUCAGACUGGCUCCAGGUACGAAUGCCCUCACUGCCAGAAGGUAUUCAGCUAUCAUGCACUUUUCAGAAGUCAUCUCUUGUUCGCACAUGGCAAGAAGAAAAUUAUUUGCGAAACUUGCGGUGACAUGUUUUUUACUGUGUCCAAACUAAACACACACAUAAACGCCAAGCACAGAAAUGCAAAAACCUGGCAAUGUCUGGAAUGUGACGUUCAAUUCACCACGGGUACUGCAUAUCGUCAUCACAACCUAGUAAAACAUUAUGAUUCCAAGUUCUCCUGCGAUUACUGUGACUCGAAGUUCAGGAAGAAGUCCGCACUUUUUUCCCAUAUGCGCGAGCACAACAUUUACGCCUGUAAGUUGUGUAGAGAACUUUUCUCUACUGAAGACUUGCUUGAAACUCACAUGUCAAGUGUUCAUAACAUUUCUCUUGCAAAAUCUGCUAGAAGAAAGCAUAUUAGUUCAUCGCACGGCCGGAAGCUGCGUCCCAAAAUGUCAUCUAAUGAUGCGACUGCUGAGACGACAAAAGCUUUCGUCGACGUAUCUUCGGAAUUGACUCGAAUUGAUCUCAACGAUAUAUUGAUCAAUAAUUCCUUCAACAACGGUUCCACUUUGCAAAUGUAUCAUCGCGAUCACACGGGAAAAUUGCACGAUUGUCAAGUCGGUGAUGCGGAGGGCAAAAUUAGUUCUUUCGGUAUGAUCGAGCAGGCUAGUGAGUUAGGAGUGCCUUCUCACUCGAACACUCUCACCCUUGGCGACGAUGUAUCUUUCAUUAAUGUCGAAAUACUGCAGGGACUUCCUCAUAACGAUAGACAUAAUCUAUCAUCGAACGAUUCCGGCCACAACAUGCCCUUGUUGGAUCAUCUGGAGCGUGUAGAAAACAUUUCCCCUAAUCUAGGCGAUAAUAUAGAUGAGUUCGAAGGCGUAAUGCACCCAAGCUUAACCUCGGACCUUAAUUCUUCGGUUGGACAUUUCCAGCCAGAUGUUGGUCCCGACCAUGUUGUUGCAGAGCUCGUGCACCGCGCUGUUAGUGGAAUGGAUAACGGCGGGCCUGAGUUCGUCUCUUCAAUUGAUCAUCUUGAUAAUACAGGACUCCCUUCUGCCGUUCGCAACAUGCAGUCGAGCUUAGAAACCAUGAGCAGCGAGCUUGCGGGUGAUAUCCACGCACUGGAACCCUGCGUGAACGACCUGCGUUCCCCAGGAGGAGACAUCACAUCUGUUCAUGAACUUUGUUCUGUUGACAUGGAAACUUCCGUCGAUGAACUCGGUGCCGGUGAACCAGUGACAGGCAUAGCUGCGACUGUUGAUUUAGUGAAUUCUGAAGAAAUAGACGUUGGUCAUGAGAAUCAAAUGCACUCUGCUACCUCUGAAGUUCUUCAGUCAUCCAGCAUUUGGUUGAAGCAGAAUGCCUGGGCCAUGCUUAAAGGAGGUUCAGGAGACCAGAAUCUUGCUUCUCUGCAGAACCUCUCCAAUCCUACUAUGGAAGACCUCGAUAUCAGCGUCAUCGAUGCUGACAUUGUAUCUAGUGAUGUAAUUAGCGCUAGUAACACAAUUGAUCUUGAUGUUAAUGUCGCGGAUAAAGAUAAUGAUGCGACAUUGGAGGUGCUUGAUGUCCAUAUGUCCGACUAGAGUGGAGACCAUAUUUUUCUUAGGCGCUCGUCCGAAAUUAUGUUUUUAUGUUUUUUAUAUUAGAAGUGUUGAUAAAUUAGGAUAAAAAUUUAUGCAUUUCCCACAGUAUGCGGGAUUCAAUAUAGGUACUAUCAUUUAUAUCGCGGAGUGUGAAUGUCUCCAUGAUUGUAAAUUAAAUUCAUACAUUUUAAGUAAAUAUUUUCAAUUUA